CAGGAUAUUGGAUAUUUCCGAGGAGGACUUGAAGGCAGCACAAACGGCAACUAGUGAUACAGUCGGGAAGCAAAUAUGGAGGAAUACCCGAAACAAACCGAAAACCUCGACGACCCUCCCAACAGCCGGCUUUUCGUGGUCACAAGUCGGUCCAUAACCGAAGAUGAGCUUCGGGAAAGUUUCUGUGUGUUCGGGGACAUUCAUGGGAUUUGGGUCGUCAAAGAUAAGCAGACAAAGGAGUCCAAAGGAAUCUGUUAUGUGAAGUUCGCCAAGUCGUCGCAGGCCUGUCUGGCAAUGGAGGAAAUGCACGGCAAAGUGCUGAUGGAAGGGACUAAACCCAUCAAGGUGUUUAUUGCCCAGUCACGGUCUUCAACGAGACACAGAGACGUUGAGGAUGAGGAGCUGACCAGGAUCUUUGUCAUGAUCCCCAAAACCUUCUCGGAGGAGGAUCUUAAAGACACAUUUAAAGAGUAUGGUGAUAUUGAAUAUUGCGUGAUCAUCAAGAAUAAGGCUACAGGCGAAAGUAAAGGACUGGGCUACGUGAGAUACUACAAACCCUCUCAAGCAGCUGUCGCCAUAGAGAACUGUGACAAAACUUACAGGGCAAUCCUGGCUGAACCUCGCACCAAGACGACGGCAUCAGAAGACUACUCCGGGGGAGCGCCCAGAGGUGAUUACGCGGGCGGUGCCGCUGACUCCAUGAACCCGUAUGCCUUCCCUAUGGGUGGCGGUAAUGUCUCCAGAAACUCAGCAAAGCAGCAGCAAAGGCAGGGAAGAAGACGGCUAGCAACUGACCCUGGCAACUACUCGGUCAAUAUGGACUACCGCUCUGGGGACCGCUCGGGGGACCGCUUGGGGGACCGCUCUGGGGACUUCACACGGUGCCUGAUGAUGUCAACACGGGCCGCACUUACCCAGGAGCAGAUUUUCUCUCUCUUUGACAUCAUUCCUGGCAUGGAAUACUGUGAGCUGCAGAGAGACUCUUAUGGGUUGAGCAAAGGUCAUGCUUUGAUUCGCUACGCCAAUCUGGGAUCAGCUGUUUACGCCAAGGAAAAGCUGAAUGGCUUUGAAUAUCCACCUGGCAACAGACUGGCAGUCAAUUUUGUUGACGACGGAGAGGACCGCAGCAGUCCUGUAGGUCGGAUGGCCAUGCAGUUUGUUGCAACCCAGAUGAUGUCUGCAGCGUGGAACGGACAUUCUUCCAGCCAAGCAAUGAAACCUAGCUACCCUGCUGUCGCCCCGAUGCCCCGGGUUCAGACAGACGUCAACCUGCCCCCUCUGAAGAAGCUCGCUCCACCCGACAGCAAGGCAAAGGAGCGCUUGUUUGUUGUCUUCAGCCCCGCCCCGCUGCCCCCAGAUGUGCUGGAGGACGUUUUCUGUCGCUUUGGUUCCCUGAUUGAGGUCCAUUUGGUUCCUGGGAGGAAGGUUGGAUACAUGAAGUAUGCAGAUAAACAGUGUGCAGACGAUGCCUUGGCAGCGCUCCACGGUCGGGUCGUCAAUGGAGUAAAGAUGAAGGUGAUGCUGGCUGAUCCUCCCAGAGAGGAAUCUCAUAAACGUCCUCGCACCUACUAGGACCACGUGAACGAAAUGAACGGCGACUGUUGUCAUGACACAAUGACACCUGACCUGACCGACCGACCGACCGACCGACAUCAAGCCCUUCUCUCGACCUCUUGACACGACCCUUUUGAGACCUGUCUGACUCUCACUGAUAAAACGAGUAAACGCUAGCAUCCACUACUAAAGCAGAGUCUUAAUCCUAUACAGUCUGCAAGCAGCAACAACGUACACGGUGUGUGCCGUUUGUGGUAAGCUUCAUGCUUUUUAUGCUUUUUUUUUUUUUAAAUAUUUUUUUUUAAGUACAGUA